UGCCUGGAGUUUGUAGUCAUGGUCCCCCCCCUCUCUGGAACAAGCAGGUAUGUGCAGAAGCUACGGUUCCCACCCUCCAGGUGGGGGCUGGAGAUCUAGAAUUGCAACUGAUCAGCCUACAGAGAUCAGUUCCCUUGGCCAGCUUGGAGGGGGGACUCUGUUACAUAAAGUUGCCAAAUUCCAGAUAGCAGCUUAGGAAGAUCUGUUGGAAUUGUAACUCGUCUCCAGGCCACAGAGAGCUGCUGCUCUGGAGAAAAUGGCUGCUUUGGAACGCAGACUCUUUACCACUUCACCCUGCCAGUGUUGCUUCACGUGACUGAAUGUUUCCCUCCCUUAAAGAAAAAUCUCCUUGCAGAUAGAAAAUUAGCCUGUCAGGGGAGCCCACGAAUGCUAUGACAUCAGCUGGCAAUGGCGGAAGGUGAAAUCCAAAAAAUGCUUCCUAAAUUAAUCCAAGAUGGAAAACUCGGCCUUCUCAAAGCAGAGAUUGAAAGUGUCGGGGAUCUGAGCGGGGAGGUGAGGCGGAAGCAUUUUGGACGGUCGGGGGACACUCUCCUCCACUACGCAGCCCGGCACGGCCACUUGAGCAUCCUCCAGUACUUAGCAGAAACUCUGGAAAUGGACAUUGAGUUGUUUAAUAAUGAUUACAAACGGCCCCUACACGAAGCAGCCUCCAUGGGCCACCGGGACUGUGUCUUGUACCUCUUGGAAAGAGGAGCUGCCGUCGAUUGCCUGAAGAAAGCAGACUGGACUCCCCUAAUGAUGGCGUGCACCAGGAGGAACCUAGAAGUGAUUCAAGAUCUUGUGGCGAAUGGGGCAAACCCACUUCUGAAGAACAAAGAUGGCUGGAAUUGUUUCCAUAUAGCCAGUCGAGAGGGGGAUCCCCGAGUCAUUAACUACUUGCUAGACGUCUCUCCUGAUAUCUGGAACACGGAAAGCAAAAUCAAAAGGACACCACUCCACACAGCAGCAAUGCACGGCUGCCUGGAGGUAGUGAAAGCGCUCCUCGAGCGGUGUCAGUACAAACCUGAUAGCCCAGACCAAUGUGGAGUCACUCCCUUUAUGGAUGCAGUUCAGAAUGGGCACCUGGGCAUCGCGCGCCUGCUCCUAGAGAAGCACAAGGCUUGUUUCACGGCUAGAGACGCGCUGGGCGCUCAGCCGUUGCACCACGCGGCAGUCACAGCUCAAGACGAUGCCCUUCGGUUCCUCGUUUCAGAUCUGAGCGUCGAUGUCAAUGAAGGGCACACAAGCACUAUCGAGACGCUUCUGUCCCUCGGCGCUGAUCUAAACGCGAAGGAUGGGAAAAAUCGAACAGCUCUUCACAUGGCAUGUGCAGGCCAGCAUGCGGCAUGUGCGCAAAUUCUUCUGCGGGCAGGACUGCGGGACUCUCCAGACAAUAGCGGAACAUACGCGAGGCAGCUCGCAAAGAAGCCACACCUCCUCCAGCUUUUCAAAGAGAUCAACACGAGUGCAUGAAUUUGGGGAAAGAAAAUGGCUUAUUUUGAGCAUCGCCCCAUUUUGUUCCAUGAUGAGCGGCGAAUACGUUGCCGUUAUUGAGAAAUCGACAUACACGCAGCGCUCCCGCAGCCACUGAAAGCCACUAAAGACAACCAGAUCCCACAACCAUAAUUUCAGACUAUUUGCAAAUUGAAUUAUUCUCUCCGUUGUAGUUAAGAGUGAAAAGUCUAGCCUCGAGGUUACAUGAAUGACGGCCACCAGAUUUGAAUCCAAAGGAAAAUGUUUACACCGUUUCAUAAAUUUAUUUUUUAAAGGAGAAAUAGCCCUUAUUGAUCGAAUGAAAGAUUUGGCAACAGUGCAGCAAACUCAUAGACUGAGGGGGCUCAGUAGAGCUUUCGGGGGGAACAGGAUUAUAAUAACACUACAUGGUGAAUGGUAGAAAUUCAGCAAGGUAAGAAAUAUAUGCGCAUUUGCAAAAUGAAUUCACGUAGCUUCAUGCUGUGGAUUCCGUCAAGGCCCUGAUUGGGCAGAAAGGUGGCGUAGAAAUUUUGCAAAUAAAUAAAAUAGACGGAUGGACUUUACUUCUGCAUUAAAGGCAAUUACGUUAGCAUCUGGCACGAAUCCUAAGGCAAGGAGCUGAUUUUGUGUUGUGGGAAAAUAUAUUUAUUGUCCAUUGCUCCAACUGAGAGCCGGUUUGGUGUAGUGGUUAAGAGCGGCAGGACUCUAAUCUGGAGAGCUGGGUUUGAGUCCCCACUCCUCCGCUUGAAGCCAGCUGGGUGACCUUGGGUCAGUCACAACUCUCUCAGCCCCACCCACCUCACAGGGUGUUUUGUUGCGGGGAUAAUAUGACAUACGUUGUAAACUGCUCUGAGUGGGUGUUAAGUCAUCCUGAAGGGCGGUAUAUGAAUCGAAUGUUGUUGUUGUUGUUAUACCAGGGAUAUAAACUUGCAGAUUGGAACAUAAUCCCAAACCUGGCUGCAGAUUUGACUCAGACGUAACAGCCUUUCCUGAAGCGUCUUCCCCAAGCACAGUUUCGGUGGGCCUGGCACAAACCUGUCACAAGGGGUCUCUUUUCAGAUUCCAUUUUAGCAAUGGGUGUGCAGUGGUUAGAGUCAUGCCAGGCUCUGGGAGGCCCAAGCUGGAAUCCCCUCUCUGCCAUGGAAGCUCGCUGGGUGACCUUGGGCUAAUCACACACACUCUGCCUAGUCUACUUCACGAGGUUGUUGUGAGGAUAAAAUUGGACGAGAGGAGAAGGAUGUAAGUCACUUUGGGUCCCCUUCGAGGAGAAAGGCGGGGUAUAAAUGAAGUAAACUAAAUAAAUGUUAUAUGAGCCAAGAAAAAAAAUCUACUUUAUUUCUGAAAGGCCUUAAAUGGACCGUGUCAGGGCAAUGAUAUGGUACAGCCGGCAUAGCCUAGUGGCUAUAGUAUCAGACCAGAUCUGGAAGGAUGGGUUGAAAUCCCCACGGAACCACAAAGCAAUCUGUGUGACCUGGGGCCACUCUCUCUUGCCCUAGUGUAACUCACAAGGUUAUUGUGACACGAAAAUGGGAGGGGCGGGGGGAAGAACCAGCUAUGCCGCCUGGAGCUCUUUUGAGGAAGGGCAGAAUAAAAAUGUAGUAGGCAGAUAGAUGGACUUGUAGUCUGUGCUGGGGAGCCCCUGGGGAGGGUGUAAUGCCUUUAGCCAGCUUCAUUUGAUUUGACCACACAUGCUCUGAUCUCAUCCAGGCUGGACUGCUGCAAUGUGCCAUAACCUGUGGCUGGCCUUGAAGACUGUGCAGAAAUGUUGUGUUUCAGUACAGGAAAGUGCGAUUGCUGAGGAUUGUCUCUCACCAGUUUUUAAAAGCUCUAAUGGCAGAACAGCAGAACACCACUGGUUGUCACGUAUAGUUCCCAGCUAAGACCCAUCCAAUAUACCAUCAGUGUUCUACAACCCAUCCUGGAAAGCGAUGCCUCUUUCUCACAAGCCCUGGGUGGAAGACCUCUCCUUGCCUACAGACAGCCCCCCAACCUUAAACGACUUCUCACUUACAACCAUGAAUCGGCCAGCAGAGUCACCAACACAGGGACCAGACCCUGCAACAGACCCAGAUGCCAGCUCUGCCCUUAUAUCUACCCAGGAAAUAUAAUUACAGGACCCAAUGGCGUCAACUACACUGUCUCUGGCUCUUGCAGCUGCUCAUCCUCCAACGUGAUAUAUGCCGUCAUGUGCCAACAAUGUCCAUCUGUUCUGUACAUUGGACAAACCAGCCAACCUCUGUGCAAAAGAAUAAAUGGACACAAAUCUGACAUUAAAAAUGGCAACAUCCAGAAACCAGUGGGAGAACACUUCCAUCUACCAGGACAUUCCAUCAAGGACUUAAAGGUCACUGUAGUUCAACAGAAACCUUUCAAAAACAGAAUCCAAUGGGAAGCUGCUGGAUUGGAAUUCGUAUGUAAAUUUGACUCAGUCAGGCUUGGAUUGAAUAGGGACUAUGAAUGGUUAUAUCAUUAUCAGAAGUAACUGAUUUCAUUAUCGGAAGCUACUGAUUGCAUCUACUCCCUGCUCCCCUCUCCACCUAUAUAUCUGACCAGUUUCUUCUUACCCUCCAUGCAUCUGACGAAGA